AUGAGCGCAAUCCGCCGCCCCGUCGGCAUCUCACUAGCGCCACUUGCCCAACCAGCGCGUCUGGUGGGUGGCCGAAGACUCGUACACGCCGCACGUCGUCCGCCACUCGCAUCGCUGCUUUCAUCUUCCGUCGCAGUCUCGAGGAGUGGUCCACGAGGAUUCACUUCCAGCGUAGCUUCACCACGCACGAGGCUGCCUCCUCGACGACAUCUGUCGGGAUCCGCUUCAUCCAGCUCGGCGGCCAAGGCGUCCAAUACAAAAGCCGCCACCCCUACCGAGCGGUACGACGAGCUGGUCGAGUCCGGCGUGCUCCGAGAUGAUACCCACCAGCGCAGCAUCAUCAAAGUUCUGCAAUCCCUCCACGACCAGCUCCGAUCCUACAAGCAAGCCGACGUGCCAGAUCCAGAAGCGCACCUCCAAGCCUCAAAAGGCCUGCUCUCUUGGCUUCCCUUUGGCAAUAAGUCGAACACACCAGAGAUCCCGCCCAUCUCGGAAGACAUCCCCAAAGGCCUCUACCUCUACGGUGACGUCGGCACCGGAAAAAGCAUGCUCAUGGACCUUUUCUACGAUACUCUCCCACCCAACAUCACCGCCAAACGACGCAUCCACUUCCACCAGUUCAUGAUCGAGGCGCACAAGCGGGCGCACUUUUACAAGUCGAAAACGCACAAGCCAUCGGGCAUUGUCAUGAUGAUGUCCUCCGCUGCCUCGAGCGCCGCCGCCUCCUCUUCGUCGUCUUCGUCUAGUGCAGCCGGUGCCGGCGAGGAGAGCGAUGCGAUCGAAGCCGUGGCCCGCGAGAUGGCGCGCAACCACUCGGUUCUCUGCUUCGACGAGUUCCAAGUGACCGACAUUGCGGACGCCAUGAUCCUGCGCGGCCUGCUGGAACGCAUGCUCGCCUACGGCGUCGUAAUGGUCAUGACGUCCAAUCGUCAUCCUACAGAGUUGUACAAGAACGGCAUCCAACGUCAAUCCUUCCUGCCCUGCAUCGACCUCCUUCAAUCCCAGUUCGGCGUUACAGACCUCAACUCUGGCACCGACUACCGCAAAGUACCCCGAGCACUGUCCAAGGUCUACUUCUCUCCACUGGACGAUGCCAACACGCGCGAGUUCGACAAGCUCUUCACCGCCGCGACAUCCGAUCCUUCCGAUCCAGUCAUCGAGGAUCGACCACUCAAGAUCUGGGGUCGAACGCUCAAAGUUCCCCACUCGACCCAAAAAGUCGCCCGCUUCACCUUCGAUGAGCUCUGCGGUCGCCCCCGCUCUGCAGCGGACUACAUCGAGAUUUGCAACAACUUUGGCACGAUCUUUGUGGACGAUGUCCCCCGAAUGGGGUUGAAUCAGCGCGAUCUCGCGAGGCGGUUCAUCACGUUUAUCGAUGCUGCGUACGAAAGCAAGACCAAAUUGUUGGCGUCUAGCGAAGUGCCGAUAUUGCAGAUCUUUGCCGGCGAUGCGGGGAAGAACAAGCCUACGGCGGACCAGAUGCGGGCUUUGAUGGAUGAUUUGGGGUUGACCAUGGACGAUAUUGGUGGAAGUCCGAUCUUUACUGGUGAUGAAGAGCUGUUUGCGUUCGCGAGGGUGAUUAGUAGGUUGACGGAGAUGGGGUCUAGACAGUAUGCCGAGACGGCGAGCACUGCUGCCGAGGCACCGCCCGAGUAUUAG